AUGGCAGGUGUUCUAGAAGACGUUGCAAUUAUUGGUGCGGGAGUUGGUGGCGCUGCUAUGGCUAUUGCCUUACACCAAAGAUCCAUCCCAUGCCGAAUCUACGAGACCAGAAGCGAAGAUGCUCAGGCAGUUGGCAGUGGAGUGACUUUGGGUCCCAAUGGCUGUCGGGUACUCGACAAGCUCGGUCUCUUAAAGCAAGUCGCUUUGCGGUGUUUCCGAUCAGAAGUGCAUGAGCUGAAGGAUGCCGAAGGAAACACUAGCGGCAAUUCUAACCCUGUUACAGAGCAGCUCUACGGAUAUAAGAACCAUCGCCUUUACCGCCAGGUUUUGAUCGACGAGAUGAAAGUGAAGCUCAAGGAGUGCGAGGUUCCUGUUGAGUAUGAUGCCAGAUUUGAAAAGGUCGUUGAUGAGACAGAUGGCAGUGUUACAUUCCUGAUCAAUGGCAGGCUGGAACGAGCUACCCUGCUUAUUGGGUCUGAUGGUAUCAACUCGGCUGUCCGCAAGCAUGUUACCUCGGAGCUACCCGAGUACAUGGGCCUGGCAUCCGUUUACGGCCAUGUGCUAACAGACAAAGUCCCGUGGCCCAGCAGAAGUUUUAACAAAAACUCUACAAUUCAAGACAGCCCUGGAGCAUUGUUCAUGGCCCCCGAGGUACCCGACGGCUCUGAGCUGAUGGUCGGCAGACAAUUCGCCCACCCUCCACUUGACCGUGCAAACUGGGAAGCUCUAGCAAACGACAAGGACAAACUCUGCGCUCUAAUCUGCAAGGACUAUGACAAAUGGCACCCCCUGGCCCGGUCCAUUCUGGACCAGAUGGGGAUAGAAAGAAACGGCCUGCUGCUCUGGUCUUACCAUUGCAUGCCAAAGCUAGCACGGCGGUGCUCCCCCACUGGACGCAUCAUUAUCAUUGGCGACGCGGCACACGUUAUCCCGCCUUCUUCAGGUCAGGGCGUCAACCAAGCGUUUGAAGACUCUCAUACGCUCGCCGUGUUGUUGAGUUCGUUGGCGCCGAAGAUGGACCUGAGCGAGGCGCUGGACUUCUGGCAUGGCUCGCGUCAGGCACGCAUCGACGGGAUCAUGAGAAUGACUGAUGCGAUUAACAAGAAAAGACUACCCGUUGGUCAGCGAUCUGUCUGUGGGGAGACAGAUGGGGGUCAUGAUCAGCUCUCGGUGGACGCGAUGAAGUGGCUUUUCGUGCCCACGACGGAGGAUGAUAUUGCCGCAUGGAUUAGUUCUCACGCUUAG